UUUGAGGUAGGCUCGGCUCUCUAUAAACUUUUUCCACUAAAUAUUUCUCUCUCUAAACCAGAAACCCUGGUAGAUGGCGAAGGAUUUGGCAUGCAUCAUCAUUAGUAAAUAAACAUAUAAAUAGUUGGAGCUUGGGUUGGGUUGGGCCCAUAUAAAAACGCAAGCUCUGUUUUGUUAUUUGUUAUCAGAGUUAUGAAUUCUGCGGAUCCAAAGCACGACGAUGAGGCAGCUCUCAUUGAAUUCCUCUCCUCCCUCAUGGAUUACACCCCCACUAUACCGGACGAAUUGGCAGAGCAUUAUCUUGGAAAGAGUGGUUUCCAGUGCCCAGACAUUCGAGUGUUUGAUUGCAGAACUAGAUUGGUGGCACUCGCAACCCAAAAAUUCAUUGCAGAAAUUGCGAAUGAUGCUCUUCAGCUGUGCAAAGCUAGGCAAUCAGCAGUUGUUAAGGAUAAGAGAGAUAAACUGCAAAAGGAUAAGCGCCUCAUUUUGACAAACGACGAUCUCUCUAAGGCAUUACGUGAAUAUGGGGUGAAUAUGAAGCGCCAAGAAUAUUUUGCUGAGAGCCCAUCAACUGGAAUGGAAUCUGCAGCUAGGGAUGAUUAGUGCACAAAUUCAGUUGUACGAGCUCUGUAUACUUGUUCUGUUUAGAAAUGGAUCGCUGUUAUGUCAUACAAUACUCGGGGUUUACUUUUAUUAGUCCAUUUUUUAGUUUGUUGUUUCGAGUACAUGUAUCAUACUAAAGAGAGUGAGCACGUUUUGUGUGUGAAACAUCUGGAAACUUUUCAAAUUGAUUAAUGAGAUCCAUGUAUCAUGCUUAGUGUAA